AUGUGGGAUACAAUACCUCAAGAGCUCUACCUGCGUAUAAUCCAUUACAUCAAUGAGCCCAAGCAAAUCAAACAAUGCCGCUUGGUCUGCAAAUAUUGGAACCAUCCUGACUUGAAGUACAUUCAGCAACUGUCGCACAUCGUGGUAAACAACAAGGAUAGCGUCUCAUUACUCCAUGAAUUCAUGAAGAAACACCCUACCAAAGGACGAUUUGUCAGACAGAUUAUACUGGGAGAUGUCUUUGACUGGAAUCGUACCUUUCUGAAUUUGAUGGAUCUUGUCUUCACUCCACAUCUCGAGAUUUUUAAAGGCAUGUUGAUUAACAACGAGGAUUACUUUUACUAUAAAAUUGGCAACAUCAUCAAAGCUUCGCCAAACAAGACCUGGAAUCUCAAAGUAAUUCUAGAGAAUCAGCAUUUCAGUUACUUAUAUUUCAAAACUUUGCUAUUACUCAAGGAUUCACUUGAAACUAUCACACUCAACUUUUACAAUUAUGACCGAGAUUCUCCUCCAGACAAAGGAAGAAUAGCAAGACACAUGAAUCAAUUUACAAAACUUAAAAAACUAUCAUUGAUGGGAAGCUUCACAAUCAAAGAGCUAGGCGAUAUCUUGCAAGCAUGCUCUCAUUUGAAGGAAUUGUACUUGGAAGCAAAGGACCUUGAUUUCUUUCACUUUAAUCGCUUCUCUUCAGAUUACGCGGAUCUAAAGAGAAUGGCCAGUUUGAGAACGCUGAAGAUCGGAAGAUAUGCACCUGCUUCAGUCGUGGAAUAUUUGAUUUGCAUUUACCCAAAUGUUGAGACUGUCGAGAUUGAUGGUCGGUGGUAUUAUCCUCAGUUUAACGAAGCCAUCUUUACGAUACUGAAGACCAUCAAGAAGGUGCCUAAAUACAAAUUCAAGUACAUGCUAGAUGAGGAUAGCACAACACUGGAUAGCAUUGUGAAUUCCAUCAAGGCAGUCAGAAGUGAUGUAUCUGUUGAGCAUUUCAUCAAUGCUGUUGAUGCUGAAGAAAUCAUCGUCACCUCAAACUUGUAA